AUGAAAUUUUUAGCUCUCAUCUCAGGAGGCAAAGAUUCUGUUUAUAAUAUCAUUAGAUGCGUCCAAGAAGGUCACGAACUUGUCCUAUUAGUAAAUCUAUAUCCCAAAUAAAUCGGAAUUGAAUCCGAUAGCUUCAUGUAUCAGAGUGUUGGCACUAAUGCAAUCCAAGCUAUUGCUUAAGCCAUGGACAAACCAUUAAUGACUAGAGAAAUAUCAGGAACACCUAAAAUUACUAAUUUAGAUUAUCAAAGCAAAGAAGAAGAAAGAAUAGGAGAUGAAGUGGAAGAUCUCUAUCUCGUUUUAAAAGAAGCCCUCACCUAAUACCCUGAUAUCAAGGGAGUCAGUUCUGGAGCCAUUGCUUCCACCUAUCAGAAAUUAAGAGUUGAAGAUUGUUGUAAUCGUUUAGGCUUAGCAUCUCUUGCUUACUUAUGGAAUCAGGAUUAGUUCUCUUUGUUGGAUUAAAUGCUACACAAUAAUAUGAACAUCAUUCUUAUUAAAAUUGCAGCCAUGGGUUUGACUCAAAAGCAUUUAGGCAAAACUAUUCAAGAAUUAUAUGAUUAUUUCAAAGAAAUAAAUAAAAAAUUUGGUUUCCAUCCUUGUGGAGAAGGUGGAGAAUUCGAAAGUUUUGUACUCGAUUGUCCACUUUAUAAAAAAAGAAUACAAAUCAAUGAAACUGAAGUUAUAUGCCAUGAAGAAAACUCCUUUGCUCCAGUCUAUUAUCUUUUAAUCAAAAAGUAUGAAUUGAUUGAAAAAAAUUGAGUCUUGAUGAAUUUGUAUUUAAUUAUUCAUUAUUAUACCUAUGAAUUAUACAUUAGCUUAA